AGUUGGUACAGUUACUGUGGUGUUAGUACUACAAUAUUGUCAGUAAUUUCUGAAGUCUGUGUGUCAAGUGUUGCCUUAAGGGAUAAGGUCCAAGAUACCUGCAGGAUGGAUGUCCUCUUCUUUCUACUGAUAUCUUCAAUGAUGAUAUCGAGCGGAGAAGGCGACUCUUUCACGAUGGAGACAAAGCAAUGCAGUGUAUUUCCAGGAAGACCCAAAUGUUUUGAACCCAUAAAGAGUUUCGGCAGUCGUGGUCAAAAAGAAAUAAUAAAGUAUGACAGGGCAGUAACUGAUGGAACUAUCAACACAGGAGGAUCAGUGGCGAUUUCUAGCGUCAAAAUCAGUGGUGUGAGCGGAAGUAAAAUUGGCGACUAUAGAAUGUCUAUCUCGUGUACGAAGGAUAAUGAUUACGAUGAUGCGAAACAUGGAACAGAAUUUUUGGAAAAAAAUGGAAAAGACUGGAGGAAUGUAAAAGAUUUGGUUAUAACAACAAGACGAGAGAAAUGGUCAUGCAGUCAGGGAUCAAGAAUAAAACUCUACAGAAUGGUAUCCGAGCAUCUGACAAGAAAAAUUAUUGGUGAAGUCAAAUUCCCAGAUGGAACAUUCAUUCACAAAAUUCCCAUUCCACGAUUACGACGUGAAGAACAACAAAUGUACAGAGCUGUUAUCAGAGAGAUAAAAUAUACUGAUACUAGUUUCGUAAAAAAAAUGUAUGAUGGUUCUUUCAGAGAUCCGCAGUUGCUUAUGGCAGGAGAAAACACAGGUGAUUUUAUAGAAUUGGUUAAAGCUGGAGGAAGAGUAACAGUGUCAGAUGGUUCUGGUUCAUCUGGGAGAAUUAUUUACAAAAGAAAAGCAUCGACUGAAGCAAGUGGAGUGUUCAAGAGACGACAAUCCAGAGCCAAGUGCUAUAAAGUUGACAUGGAUAAUUUCAACAGUGACAUAAUAUUUGGCAUUUUCCCCGAGUGGUCGUAUUCAGUGGAUAGCCAACAUUUUACUCUCAUUGAGAAAUCCACAUUUCAAGAGAAAUUCAUUAUAACUAAGUAUCAGUUAAUGGGAUGUGAAAUAGAGGAGUCUCAGAAAGAUACCUUCUUCAGAGUUGUGAUAGAAUACCUUUUCACCGAAAAUGUUAACGAAGUUCAUGUGACUGAUACCAUAGAUAAAAUCUAUAAGUUCAAACUGCCAGGAUCUUCCACAGGAACAAGCUUUGGAGUUGUGGAAACCUUCGACUUCAAUCUACAAACUCCAACCGACGCCUUCAGAUUUGCUGGCACUGCGACUAUUGACACAUCAUUCACUUUAUGGUCUGAUACAGAGUUGAACAUGACGAAAGUACCUGUUGAGAAAGGACAGUCAAAGCAAGGUAAAACACCAAGUUUCUGUUGCUUUGGUCGAAGUGAAACUGCUCCAUAAUCAACGCUCGAUAGGAAUGGCUCAUACAAAGUGUCCAAUGAUGUGGUGUGAAUUUUGUAGAUUUGGAGACUUUUAAGGGAGAUUCACGUGAAAAAGUCAGUGAAAAUGAUAGGAGGCUCCAGUUGUCAUAUGUUUCUUUUUGACUUUCUUCCAUAAUAUAAGCUGUGUUCGAGUUA